AUGUCAGCGAAUGGGACGUGGGAUGAAGGUGUGAUUAAUGAUCUGUUUAUUGCGGAGGAUGUCUCACUGCACCCAUCCAAUGAUAUUAACACUGCUAGUGAGUUUACGGCAUGGGAUAAAAUUUGGAAGCUCCCAGUGCCGCCAAAGGUCCGCAAUCUAAUUUGGAGAUGUGUUCGUAAUAUUUUACCGGUUUGGGCUUGUUCUGAUAAUGUUUUGCAAGGAUGUGGGUUUGCUGAAUUUGUUGAAGCUAAACUCCUAAAUACUGACGUCCAGCAUGGGGUUCGCAUGGCAGCUAUUUUUUGGUGUUUAUGGCAAGGUCUUAAUAGUUCGAAACCUGCAGGAGCUCCUGCUGUGAUUCGAGCACUGUGGAAUCCUCCUACGGCGGGAAGGUUAAAGUGCAAUAUUGAUGCGGUUGUGUUUGGUAACAGGGCGGGCUUCGGAGCAGUGGUGCGUGAUCAUGAUGGUGCUUUUGUGGCUGCAGUUGGUGGGCAACUCGAGUGCGGACCAGACCCUUAUUUAGCAGAGGCAAUGGCUGUCAGAGAAGCUUUGUCAUGGCUUAAGGGGCUGGGUUUGCCUAAUGUUGAUCUAGAGUUUGAUUGUUUAAAUUUGUGUAAUGCUUAUAAUUCUCUUGCUUUGGACUUAUCGUAUGUGGGUUUUGUUAUUAAGCAAUGUCACCUCAUUGCUAACGAUAUGGGCAUUGUUAUUGUGCAGCAUAUCGGGAGGUCAGCGAACCAAAUGACUCAUGCAUUAGUUAGGGCGACUGGUUCUUCUUCUGUCCCUAUUUCGUGGGUUUCUUCCCCACCUGCUUGUAUUUCGGCUUUCUUUUGA